CAUUAUCGACGUCGUCGUCAUCAUGAUCAUCACUACCAUUAUAUAUUAAUAUAACAAACCGCUUACUUUUACGAAAAUAACUUGACGUUUUGAAAUUAAAAAAAAAAAUCUAUACGGAUAUAAAUAUAUAUAUAUCAAAUAUACCUCUAUCUCAAGUUAAAAUACAACAAAAAAGACCAACAAAACAAAAUUGAUAUCUAUUAUCAAUUAAAAAAAAGAAAAACAAUUUAAAAAAGGGACGAACGCUUGGAACAUGGAAAAUGUCAGUGAAAUAUCGUCUGCUAACAGCAGUGACUUGGAGUACGUAUGGACAGCUGGUGAAAGUUACGUUGUCGGUGGUUACUUUAUUUUAACAGGACUGUUAGGAGUUUUCGGAAAUGGCAUUGUACUAUCCAUGUUCUCUAUAUACAAAGCAUUGAGAACACCGACCAAUAUGUUGUUUAUUAAUCUGGCUGUUAAUGACAUUGGGAUGUGUCUUUGUCUCUUCCCAAUUGCAGGGAUAUCAAGUUUUAAACGAGUGUGGAUCUUUGGUACAACUGGUUGUCAGUGGUAUGGCUUCACAGGGAUGUUGUUCGGACUAGCAAAUAUUGGCUUUCUCACAGCUAUCAGUGUAGAUCGAUAUUUGAUCACUUGUAAAUACUAUAUUUACUGCCACUUGAAACACUUUCACUAUCACUUAAUUGCUCUCUGUGUAUGGAUCAGUGCUGCCGUAUGGGCGUUCUUUCCACUGUUUGGAUGGGGCAGAUAUGCUGAAGAAGCCGGUGGAAUAGCAUGCGCAGUGGACUGGGAGUCACGUGACCACAGUAUGACUACCUACAUAACAACCAUAUUCGUCGUUUGUUUUCUAAUUCCGCUCCUAAUCAUCUCUGUCUGUUACCUCCGGGUCUGUAUGUUCAUCCGAAAAUUAGGACACGGCACGCAGGAGAACCCCGAGUGGACUAAUCAAAAAGAUGUAACAAAGAUGUGUGCCAUAGCCAUAAUAUGUUUCAUAAUCGCAUGGAUGCCAUACGCUGUGAUUUGUCUCUGGUCAAUUUACGGCCAUCCUGACUACAUACCAAACUCUGUUCAAAUACUGCCGUCCUUGUUUGCCAAGUCAUCAGCAUCUUACAACCCAUUAAUUUAUGUUGCGCUUAACCGACGUUUCAGGUUAGCCAUUGUCAAGAUGUUUCGGUGUAAUAACGAUCAGCGCCCUCUGGAGGAGGAACUGCGAAUGAAAAAUUUGAUGUGCUAAAUUACUUACAUGUCAUUUUGGGCUAUCAGAUUACAAAAUGACUGAUGAUCUAUGGGUAUCAAAGUGAGUGUAUGUAUGUCUAUGCGUGUAUGUAUAUGUAUAUCUGUGUGUGUGUGUGUAUGUGUGUGUGUAUGUGUGUGUGUGUGUGAACGUAUAUAUUGCAGCGUGGGAAUGCAAUAUGCAAUAUACUAUUGUAUUUUUUCUUUCACUUUUCUUUCACUAUCUAAUUUUUAUUUUAGAACUUAAAUACCUUUAUAACUUUUUGUCUGGUACAUACAAAUCACUAAUUUUGAGAAGUUCGCCGGUGAAAGCUGUUAUUAUUUCGUCAUGCAAUAUUCAUCAUAACGCGAAACAUAAGUUUUUUUUUCUUCCAAUAUUAAUUCACAUUUUCUAGUGCAUAAAC